UACGGAUUGACAAGCUCUGUCUGGGUUUUGCCGAGCAGCGAGCGAUGGCGGCCGCGAUCGCAUGCCAUGCCGCCAUUGCGGCCAAGGCGGGCGGCGGCGAUCCAGCUCCCGGAGCGCCCAAGACCGCUGUGGCGGCCGUAAAAAGCAAGAGCUUCAAUGGGAGAGCGAGCUUUUCCUCCACGAAAAGGCCAAAUUGCCGUGCAUUGGCUUCCCAGACCGCGACGAAGAUCGGGGGUGCCGGGGAGCCAGCAGCAGCAUUGGAACUCGACUCCCUGCGAGACACGAUACUUUCUCGAUCCGACCUUAGCGAAACCAGCCGUCGCGCGAAGACUCCUUUCAAUGUGGUGAUCGUCUCGUCCGAAGCCGCGCCAUACUCCAAGACUGGCGGCCUUGGCGACGUCUGCGGCUCGCUACCAGUCUCGCUUGCUCGCAGAGGCCACCGCGUCAUGGUUAUAACACCUCGCUACCUCAGCGCAGCGACGCAGCACUUGUACAAGGCAGCGGUCGACGCGCAGUGCCGCAUCAAGGUGGGAUGUUUCGGAGCCGAGCACGAAGUCGCGUUUUUCCACGAGUAUCGAGCGGGUGUUGAUUGGGUUUUCGUGGAUCAUCCCUCGUAUCAUCGCCUUGGAACCCCGUACGGAGACACGCGUGGAACUUUCGGCGAUAACCAAUUUCGAUUCACUCUUUUGUGCCAUGCCGCGUGCGAAGCUCCUCUGGUUUUGCCUCUCGGUGGCUGCGUAUAUGGCGAUAAGUGUUUGUUCAUUGCCAAUGACUGGCAUGCCGGUCUGGUUCCAGUGCUGAUAUCUUCCAAGUACCGUCGAAACAAUGUGUACAAAGACUCCCGCUGCGUGCUUGCCAUCCACAAUCUCGCACAUCAGGGAGUUGAGCCAUCGACAACGUAUGGAAACCUCGGCUUGCCUCCUGACUGGUAUGGAGCAUUGGAAUGGGUGUUUCCACACUGGGCGAGGGCGCAUGCUCUUGACAAAGGAGAAGCUGUCAACCACUUGAAAGGUGGCAUUGUUACUGCAGAUCGCAUCCUCACAGUCAGCCAGGGAUAUGCUUGGGAGAUGACCACCGCGGAGGGUGGAUUCGGUUUGGACGGUCUCCUCCGUAGCAGGAACUCAGUAAUUAAUGGUAUAACAAACGGGAUUGACGUUGAUGACUGGAAUCCAGCGACAGACAGGAACAUCGCUUCACAGUAUACACUUGACGACUUUUCGGGAAAGGCUCAGUGCAAAGCGGCAAUUCAAAAGGAGCUGGGGUUGGCGGUGAGGCCGGAUGUCCCGCUGAUUGGGUUUAUCGGACGUUUAGACUACCAGAAAGGUCCAGAUCUUAUCCAGGAAGCAUUGCCAGAGCUCUUGUCCGACGACGUGCAAAUGAUAAUGCUGGGCUCUGGAGAGCCUUCUAUCGAGUCGUGGAUGGUGUGGGCCGAGGUAAAUUACAAAGAAAAGUUUCGAGGAUGGGUUGGUUUCAACGUGCCGGUUGCGCAUCGGAUCACUGCCGGGUGUGAUAUCUUGCUGAUGCCUUCGCGAUUUGAGCCUUGUGGACUAAAUCAGCUCUACGCAAUGAGAUAUGGAACUAUACCCGUCGUUCAUUCAACCGGGGGCCUUCGGGACACAGUCGAGGGCUUCAAUCCAUUUGCAAAUGGUGGACUAGGUGCUGGGACAGGAUGGACUUUUUCUCCAUUGUCGAAGGACGCCAUGAUGGGAGCGUUGUUUACAGCCAUUUCAACGUACAGGAACCACAAAGAGUCGUGGAAUGGGAUAAUCAAGCGCGGCAUGUCGCAGGACUUCUCGUGGGAUCGAGCGGCACUGCAAUACGAGCAAGUCUUUGAGUGGACGAUGAUGGAUCCCCCUUACGCUUGAUGGAUAAUAAAUGUCAAACUAGAGCUAGAAUCUGGGAACUCUCAUUCUUCCUCGAGGUUUAUGGAGUCCUUGAACUUGGCGUAGAGCACCCGCUUGAGCUCGUUCAUCUUGGACACGACCUCGUCCUUCUCCUCCGCCAGCCGCCCCAGCUCUCGAUCGCUCUCCUCCUUGAGGCACUCGAGCUUGCUCUCAAUCUCCUCCUUGCUCAGGUGCCCAAACACCUCGCCAAUCUGGUAGCGCACAACCUCCUCGUCGCUCAGCACCAGCUCGUUGCUUGCGUCCUCGAGAUUCUCCGCCAGCUCCUGGUUGCGCAACCAACAUUCUCUCAAAACCGCGACGAGAGCAAGCAAGAGUUACGUGCCUUUUUCGCCUUGAUCUCGUCCUCGAGGUCGUGGAACUUGGCGUUGAGUCGCCCAAACGCGUUGAUGUUCUGCUGA